AUGUCAUCCCCCGGCGCACCAUCCAUCCCCUUCGGCGCGCUGAAGCACAAAAGGAAAACCAAGAAAAAGCACUUCGUUCAGCAGAAAGUGGAGGUUUUCCGAGCCAGUGACCCCGUGCUGAACGUGCUCAUGUGGGGAGUCAGUCACUCGAUUAAUGACCUGAGCCAGGUGCCUGUACCCGUCAUGCUGCUCCCAGACGACUUCAAAGCCAGCACCAAGAUCAAAGUCAUCAACCACCUCUUCAACAAAGAGAAUCUACCUGGGCAGUUCAAGUUCAAAGAGUACUGUCCACAGGCGUUCAGAAACCUACGAGAGCGCUUUGGCAUUGAGGAUCAGGACUACCAGGUCUCUCUGGCCCGCAGUGCGCCGCUCAAAGACGAGGACGGGAAAUGCGUGGGACUGAUGCUUACAUCAUAUGACCGCACACUGGUGAUUAAAGAAAUUUCCUCUGAGGAGGUGGAGGAAAUGCACAUUUUCCUCUCUGAGUAUCACCAGUACAUCGUCACCUGUCAUGGCAGCACGCUGCUCCCCCAGUUCUUGGCCAUGUACAGAGUCACUGUGGAGAGUGAGGACACCUACCUGCUGGUGAUGAGAAACAUGUUCAGCCACAGACUGCACACACACAGGAAGUACGAGCUGAAGGGCUCUGUGCUGUCUCGUGAAGCAAGUUUUAAAGAGAAGGUGAAAGAUUUGCCCGGUCAUAAAGAUGCAGACUUCAGGAAUAAUGUUCAAAAGGUUUAUGUGAGCGCUGAAGAGAAAGAGAAGCUGAUGGAGAAAUUAAACAGAGAUAUCGAAUUCCUAGUUCGUAUGAGGAUCAUGGACUACAGCCUGCUGCUGGGUAUUCAUGAUGUUGAGAGAGCAGAGAGGGACGAGGAGGAUAUGGACUCAUCCGGCGACGAAGAGGAAGAGGACGAAAAUGGUCCGGUGCCUCCAUACUCCACUUCACCUGAAGGUAUUGCAGGUUACAUGAACUCCCUCAAACCGCUGAGUCCUGGAGAAUUUGACCCGUACGUGGAUGUGUACGCCAUUCAGAGCGCAGAAGGUGCACCCCGGAGGGAAGUAUAUUUCAUGGGUCUGAUUGAUGUGCUGACACAGUACGAUACAAAGAAGAAAGCUGCUCACGCCGCCAGGGCCGUCAAACAGGGGGCGGGAGCUGAAAUCUCGACAGUUCAUCCAGAGCAGUACGCUAAGCGCUUCAGAGACUUCUUCUCUAAGAUCUUUGCCUAAACAGAGGAGUCAACAUGAUGCAUAAAGAAAAAAAGAAUCCAAAUAAAGAUUUAACGCCUAAAAGUGAA